AUGAUUCCUCCCUUCCAUAAAACAACUCAGUCAAGUGAUCAUGAAGGGCUUAACAGCCUUACAGUACUGCCCACUGGUGUUUUUAAGACUCUAAGCCCGGUCUUCACACAUGGUUUGGCCCUUGUUGGAAUUGUUGGAGGGUUCGCUCUUGGAGUUUGGCUUGUCUGGCUAUUAGUCAUCCGCACAUGCAAACUCAAAGCAAAUAUCGCAUCUGACGGGACCUCUGAAUCCGCCCCUCUUCUAAACCCAGAUCAAACAGGAACCAAUCUUCAGCGCGGUGGACUGAUUGAUGAGGGUGAACAGAGGGAUCAUACUUCCACGUUACUCUGUUCCAUCUGUGCAAAAAUAGAUUUUUACAAGAUAUUCCUUGAUGGCAUUCCAGAGGAUGAGGAGAUUCCGCUCGAUCUACUCUCAUCUAUCUUGGAAAAAUCCUACCAAUGCAGUUUCUGCCGUCUCAUAUCCUUUCACGUCCGUCGAACAUUUGAUGUUGGACAACUUUCCUCACGCCGAUCUCUCAGUGAUCGAAUGUCGGCUGUUCUCGAUGAAUUGCGGUUGUCUUCGGGGGCCCUUUUAUCCCCCACCCAAAUUUCGUUGCUACCGCCUCCACAUCAAUAUGGAGGGCCUACAGGAUCUUUGGGAGAGUUAUCCAGCUUCAAGGGCAACAGCAGGGUGAAGAAUACUGUGGAUAUCGAUCUGGUGAAGAACUGGAUCAAGCUGUGCCAGGAGAACCAUGGAGAUGAAUGUCAAAGUGCUUGGAGAAAGGACGGCGAAGACGACAGGAAGCUGCCGGCGUUUGUGAGAGUGGUGGACGUAGUAUCGAUGGCCAUGAUUCCUGCACCUUCUGGCUGUCGUUAUGUCGCCCUCAGUUACGUAUGGGGAGGCGCUGGCACAGAGUAUUGGACGACGAAGGAUAAUAUAGCGGAGCGCUCCAAGCCUGGCGGGCUAAACACGACGAAAUUACCUGAGACCAUCACUGAUUCGAUUCUAUUCGUUCGACAACUUGGUGAACGUUACAUAUGGAUCGACGCUCUAUGCAUCAUUCAAGAUGAUUUGCAGGACAAGCUCACUCAGAUACACGCCAUGGAUUUGGUUUACGGUCUGUCUUAUCUCACGAUAAUCGCUGCUGGCGGCACGACGGCUCGAGACCCUCUCCCAGGAUGCCGUCCACGAACUAGAACACUACGACAGCAUAUUGAGGUUGUUCAAGGACUUCAUCUCUAUGUGUCUCCUCCAAGACUUGGCGAGGCUCUCGCUCUGUCCACAUGGAAUACACGGUGUUGGACCUAUCAAGAGAGCGCGCUCUCCCGCCGAAGAAUAUACUUCACUGGGCAGCAAGUUCACUUUGAGUGCCGCGGUGAUGUCUUCGCAGAAGACAUUGUCGCCGAAAGCAAAGGCCACCAAUUCUCUACCAGCUUUCUUCGGCUUUCACGCAGAGAAUUUUUCCCUUCCGCAGACUCCUUUGGGAGUUACAUGGAGGCCGUUAAGCAGUGUACACAACGCAAUCUCACCGUGGAAUCAGACAUUGUCAAUGCUCUCACUGGAGUGACAAAUGCUUUGGCGAUAGGUUUUGGGCUGGGUAAACCUGCCAGAGUCUUUCAUUAUGGAAUGAUGUUGACAGACCUGCAUCACGCGCUUCUCUGGCAACACGAUCCACACACACCUCGCGCUCGUCGUUCCCUUUUUGACGGAGACAGUUCACCUUGGCCUUCUUGGGCAUGGGCUACGUGGCGUGGCGCUGUUGACUACAUGACGGAGCACCGGUAUGUGGGGAUCGACACUAGUAGUGGCGAACCAUCGGUGGCGGAAACGCUUGUAGGUCCUUGGCACAUCGUGGACCAGAGUGGUGAUACAAUGCAGCUUGAUGUUCGCCGGGUUUCCCGGAUCGUUUCAAUUCCCAUGACAGAGGAAGAGAAAUCCGGAUAUUCUUCUCCACGAGGGAUCUUAGACCCAACGGAGCUGACACUAAGCAUUCAUCGACCACUAGAACCAGGCACCCUCAUUUUCCGUACGACUUCCAGCCACUUUGGCAUUACACGGCGAGGUGGUGAAGAAAACGAAGAAACAAGUGCAUGUCUCCACCACGGUCUCUUCAAUAUUCUCUCCACUACAUCUUCCCCUCCCACUUGGGUUGGCACUGUCGUCCUGCCAUUGGACCCUGCCCCGCCGACUACUCUCGAGUUCAUUGUCCUUUCCCGUACCGGAACGCGUGGCGUGUACGACGAAGAGAGACUUGUGAAUUACCAGGAAUGCUUGCUACAUGUGAUGGCGGUUAGUCAGAAUGAGGGCUUGAUGGAACGUGUUGGGUUGGGCGUCAUCCAUGAAGCCGCCUGGAUUGCUUCAAGGCCGGAGGAGAGGGUAGUGUUUCUUCGAUAA